AUGGGCAGACAGAAGGUGUAUUUGGACAAACUGUCCCGCUUCUUCCAGAUCCGCAACCUGUUGCUUCGGCAGGCGCUGGCAGAGUGUCUUGGCACCCUCAUCCUUGUGAUGUUUGGCUGUGGUGCUGUGGCCCAGCUGGUGUUGAGCGGCGGUUCCCAUGGCAUGUUCCUCACCGUCAACUUUGCCUUCGGCUUUGCUGCCACCUUAGGCAUCCUGGUCUGUGGACAAGUAUCAGGCGGCCAUCUGAACCCUGCAGUGACUUUUGCCCUGUGUCUACUUGGAAGAGAACCCUGGAAGAAAUUCCCCAUGUAUUUCCUCUUUCAGACAAUCGGCGCUUUCUUUGGUUCCGCCAUCAUUUUCGCCAUGUACUACGAUGCUCUGUGGGACCAUCCCGGAAAUUUCCAUGUGAGUGGUCCUAAUGCCACAGCUGGCAUCUUUGCCACGUACCCUGGAAAACAUCUCACCAUUGUCAAUGGCUUCUUUGAUCAGAUAAUUGGCACGGCAGCACUGAUCGUUUGUAUUCUGGCUAUCGUGGACCCACACAACAAUUCCAUCCCCCAGGGGCUGGAGGCCUUCACUGUGGGAUUUGUGGUCCUGGUUAUUGGACUGUCUAUGGGCUUUAACUCUGGAUAUGCUGUCAACCCUGCCAGAGACCUCGGACCACGUAUCUUCACUGCGAUGGCUGGGUGGGGCACUGAGGUCUUCACGGCGAGAAACGGCUGGUUCCUUGUGCCCAUUUUCGCCCCGUUCCUCGGCACCGUCAUCGGCGUGAUGAUCUACCAGCUGAUGGUUGGCUACCACGUGGAAGGAGAGGCACGUGACAAAAGAAGCGCUGAGCAGACAGAAAACGUCAGACUCACCAACGUCGACACCAACAACGCCAAAGAAGUGAACUGCUGA